UUGCGCAUGCGCUAAUUGAACAAUAUUGAAAAAGGCUUUCACUAAAUUAGAUCGCCAUUUGGUGUGCGCAAAAAGGAGUCAGAUGGCAGACUGUUUGACGCUCCUGCGACAGUAUAACCUGCAGAAGAAGGAGAUAGUGGAACGAGAUGGCCUAAUCAUAUUCGACCAGACUGCUUGGCCCGGGAACGCCAAGACCAACUACCUCUCCUACAGGUCUGGGCAGGCGGGUCUGAAGGAGUACUACACUCUAGAGUCUCUGCUGUUUCUCCUGAAGAAUGUCAGUCUCUCUCACCCAAGCUACGUUGCCAGGGCUGGGGCGCAAAACAUUCCAGUCAUCAAGUUUCCCGACAGACGAGAUCUGCUGAAGUAUCUAAAUGGAGAGCUGGACACAUCUCCCAGUAUUGAUAAGAGCGUUCACCUGGAGAUGGGCAUGCCGGCCCCAGCUCCCAAGAGGACCAAUGAAGAGGCUCAGCCAGAAGCAGCCAAGAAACCUCGUAUCGAGAGUGAAGCUGACAAGCAAAGACUAGCGAAGAAGUUGGAAGCGAAGGGGAAAGGGGGAGCCAUCACUGACCAGGUCCACUCUCUGAGUGACGCCAUCUCAAGAGAAAAGAUCGCUGCAUUCAAGGCCAAACGUCUGGCGAAGAAGAGAGCCACCAUUAAGCCAGGGGACGAUCUUGCUGGUGGCCCUGAUCGCAUGUUCAUAAACGAUGCGACGAAGGAGAUAAUGUCGAAAGAGAGAGUUCACAGAACAAGAUCAUCCGCCCUCCAGAGCACCGGAAAGGACUUCUCCAACAUCUUCAGUUUGCUGCAGUCGGUGAAGGCUAGAGACGAGGGGAGAGGGGGAGAGGUGGGGGGAGGGGGUGGAGGGAAACAGCCGGUCCCUGAGGAGCCACGACAACCACAGACACAGGCUCCGCCCACUCACGGGUACAGCCGAUAUGGGCAGGAGAAAUUCCGUGGUCAAGAAGAGACUGGGGAGUUCAAGAUUGACACACCAGCACGUACCACGGACUGACUCUCAAGAGCGUGACUGAGGCAGUUUCAAAGCCCAAGCCAAUGCUCCAAUCAAAAAAGACCCAGAUGCAGAGUAUGACAUUAUAGUGUGUAGCAUACCAGCCAUAGAGAGAGGAUAGAUAGAUAGAGACGUGAGACUUUCUCUACUUUUUUGGCUAAAUUUUUUGUACCUCUCGAAUUGCUUUAGAGCCUGUCCAGCAAGAUGUUGCCAAACCAGCCAGAAGAGACCACCGCUCCCGGACGCCCAUUAUCAUAGUACCAUCAGCCACGACCUCCCUCAUCACAAUGUUAAACGUAAAGACACUACUUGAGGAAUACAAGUUUUUGCCGUCGGAGGAGAUGAAGAGGUUGGGGGUUAAACGGCAGAUGGACAUGGUGAUUCAGCGAAGGAAGCCACACCCCACCCAGCCCGGACAGACAGUCUCCAUUCCAUACCGCGUCACUGACAGCCCCAUGAGACUCAAACCUCCAGAAUGGAAGCAGGUGGUGGCGGUGUUUGUGUCUGGACCAGCCUGGCAGUUCAAGGGCUGGCCGGGACUCACCAGCGACGGCUCCCCUGUCAACAUCUUCUCAAAAAUAAAGGCGUUUCACUUGAGGUUCGAGGAGAGUCGAAUGGACCCUAACAUCCAGAAAUGGGACGUUCACCUCGUUCAAAUCAGUCAGAACAGACGGCACUUGGACAAGCAGUCUGUCAUGAGGUACUGGGAGACACUGGACAGGUCAGAGCAUGAAAGAACAUGCUUUGUUGUAUCAAGGCAGAACAUUUCGAAGCAAGUUUAGAGCACCGCAAGCAUAGAAUGUUGGUCUUGACCCUUUGGACGCUAUAGGUUAUAUCUCCGUAAAUAAGCAGAAAUUGAUGUACAUAUAACAUAAUUAUUAACACCUAGUAUUAUACAUAUAUAGCCCCCCAGUAAUGGACUUAUGGAGGCUCUGGACACAUUUAUGUGUCAGUGGCUGGUUAUAAUGAGUUGCAGUGAAAAACCUGCCGAAAUAAGCACUAUAUAGGUGAUGUGUUGUGUAACAUGUACUUCAGACCAAUUCAUAUCCACUGUAUAUAUUAUAUAUACAUACCACCCUCUUUAGGUUUAUCUCACAGCAUCAGUUGGACCUCAGAUACUAAAUCUCUUGCUCCUAUUCCUCUCUCUCUCUCCCACUCACUCACAUU